CAUCGUAGACAAGUUUGCAAAGGAAGAGUGAGCGUAUCAUUAAGCUUAUGGCUUUUUUGCAAAUGCUUUUCCUUCUUUGUCCCAUUUUCAUGCAUUUUAUUGUUCCCAUUACUGCUCAGCCUGAUAUCAACUUUCAACUUUGUGUAGCAGAGAACGGUAACUACACAGAAAAUAGCACCUACCAGGCUAAUCUCAAGUACCUACUCAACUCUGUUUACAGUAACACAGAAAUCGAUUACGGGUUUUACAAUUUCUCUUACGGAGAAAGUUCUAACAAGGUUUAUGCAAUUGGACUCUGUCGAGGAGAUGUCAAGCCUGAUGCUUGCCGCGACUGCCUCAAUUAUUCUAGCCGGGUACUAACUGCACGCUGUCCAACUGAAAAGGAGGCUAUCAUAGGUUUGGACAAUUGUAUAUUACGAUACGCAAGCCGUUACAUAUUUGGCCUCAAUGAAGUUGCGCCAUACUUUUUCGUGCACAGCUUAACAAAUGUCUCAGACGAAAAAGGAUUCAACAGGUCUUUGAAUAGCUUGUUGGAUAGCCUACAAGAUGAAGCUGCAGCUGGUGAUUCUCGUCGUAAGUAUGCAACGGGAAAAAUCAGUGCACCAAACUUUCAGACUAUAUAUGCACUUUCGCAGUGCACUCCUGAUUUGUCACAGACAGAAUGCAGUUCCUGCCUCCGAAAUGCUUCCGCACGUGUUGGACAAUGUUGUCAGGAAAGUCAAGGAGGAAGAGUCAUUUAUCCAAGCUGUAAUUUUAGGUACGAGAUUAACCAAUUCUAUGAAAUCCCAACAGGUGAAGACCCAUCUCCUCCUCCAUCGAAAGGAAAAAACAAUACAGUCAUCGUCAUCAUCAUUCUUUCAGUUGUUAUUUCUGUCAUGGUGAUUCUUAUCAUCAGCUUCUACACGUUUUCAGGAAAGAGGAAAUCAAGAGAGAAAGUUAAAAGUGGAUCAGUGGAUGAUGAAAUUACCAGAGUGGAAUCCUUGCAAUAUAACUUAGAAAUCAUUCACCUUGCAACAUAUAAUUUUUCUGAAGUUAAUAAGCUUGGACAGGGUGGAUUUGGUUCUGUGUACAAGGGUACCCUUCCCAACGGACAAUACAUAGCCGUGAAGAGACUAUCUAGGGAUUCCACGCAAGGAGAACAAGAAUUCAAGAAUGAAGUCCUGCUGGUGGCCAAACUUCAGCACAAGAAUUUGGUUAGGCUCCUAGGCUUUUGCUUUGAGCAAGAGGAAAGGCUUCUUAUCUACGAGUUUAUGCCUAACUCAAGCCUCAACAACUUCAUUUUCGAUCAAACCAAGCGUUCACAAUUGGACUGGGAACGACGUUACAAGAUCAUAGAAGGCAUUUCUCGAGGACUUCUUUACCUUCAUGAAGAUUCUCGUCUCCGGAUCAUUCACCGUGACCUGAAACCUAGUAACAUUUUGUUAGAUGCAGAAAUGAAUGCUAAGAUAUCAGACUUUGGCAUGGCAAGGCUGUUUGCAGGGGAUCAAACCCAAGAAAGUACAAGCAGAGUUGUUGGAACCUUUGGAUACAUGCCUCCAGAGUAUGUAAUGCGCGGACACUUCUCUGUCAAAUCGGAUAUCUUUAGCUUUGGUGUGCUUGUUUUGGAAAUUGUAAGUGGUAGAAAAAGAACUUUUAUCAAUGAGGGGGAGAUGGAAGACCUUCUGACAUAUACGUGGGAAAAUUGGAAUAGCGGACCAAAUUUAGAUAAGCUGAUAGAUGCGACAUUAAGGGCUGGCUCAAGAAAUGAAAUGUUGAGAUGUAUCCACGUUGGUUUACUAUGUGUGCAGGAAAAUGCACUUGAUAGACCAAACAUGGCUUCAGUUGUUAUCAUGCUAAGUUCUUACUCCGUCACUCUUCCAGUACCUCAGAAGCCUGCAUUUUUUGCUCGCGGUACGGUACUGCCUGGGACAUCAUCAACUUGGACCGAGUCUGAUCAAUCCCGAAGUGCAUCUGUCCCAUUUUCAAUCAAUGAGGCUUCAAUCUCUGAGCUCUACCCUCGGUAGAGUUUGCGGAUGGAGGGUCCACCGUUAAGCAUGCUAUAAUUUGUUCUGUAUCUCAGGACUAUUCUCUUGCAUUGCAAUGCUUGAAGUGUUUGCCUUUUCCUUUAUUUUAUUUUUAUUUUUUUUGAUUGCCGGAAUAAAAGCAUUUUAUAAUAUUAUAAUGGG